AUGACAGAUCUUGGUGAAGCAUCCUAUGUUUUGGGAAUUGAAAUUAGCAGGAAUCGAGAGAAAUGGGUUCUUGGAUUAUCACAGAAGAAUUAUAUAGAAAAGGUACUGCAGAGAUUCAAUAUGCAAGGAUGUGGUGGAACUGAUAUGCCUAUUUCAAAAGUAGACAAUUUGAGCAAGGACUGA